AUGUCACCGAUCCCAAGAAGAUCACCCCCAAACGACCCCGGCAGCCUUCUGGGGUUUCAUUUCCCCUUGAAGAUCUGGAAAGAAAUUGGUGGCCGUGAACUGCAAUUAGCACGAGAUCAGCCUCUUAUUCUUUCAACCCAGGGUGACGGGAUACAAGAAAUCAUACUCGAUUAUGGAAGAUGUGUAGGCGGAUUGCCAUUUAUCGAGACGCUCAAAGUAACUAGCAAUGGGCGGCCCGCUGUAGUGGAUGUUGUGUACAGCGAAACAAGCGCCGGAGUACACAACAGAAGAAAAGGAGACGGUCCAUUCUUUGGAUUAUCUAAUGCGAUGGACACCUAUCGAGCGAAAACUCUGUACUUUGUACCCUCGAAGACCCCCAAACUAAUGGAAUUCAAACUCCCACAAACUUCUCAACGAUAUCAAAAACUUACACUUGUAACGCCAAAUUGCUCAGUGGCAAUCGCAUCCAUAGGGUUUCGACAACUGAGGGCACGAACACUAGGGGAGAGUCGUUUCGUGUCUUCAAGUGAAUUGCUCAACAAUAUAUGGAGAGAUGGCGUCAAUACUAUCGAUCGAUGUACUGUGGAAGCUGGAGAAGUACAAGAGGUAUGGAAGGUGGCCGAAUUUGGCACCAGGAUACCAGGACAAAGAUGGGCACCGUGUCGACAUGGCACACACUGGAAAGAUAAGGCGAUCAAAUUCAAGGUGAAGAUUGAGUCUGGUGGCGCCAGUUGGGGUGUUCACAUGGUGGAAAGUGGAUUGAUAUUCUUGAUCGAUAUUGCGUCAAGGAGGUUAUUGGCUUUCGAAGGUACUGCGAAUACUCCACCGGCAAUAUCGAAAGGAACAUGGGAUCUUCCCGGGAGCCUUGAUUUAUUUGAUUGGCUUCGAAUUGAUACAGAAGCUCGAGGUUCGAGCGUUCUGGUUAAGAUCAACAACAGAAAAGUCGCUCUUGUGAAAAGGUUGAGCAUUUACUCAUCGCCCGGAGCCGAGCCAAAUACCGGUUCAGUUGCGUUCGGUGGCCCUGAACAUUACCUCGCGAUAUAUCGAUCGCUCGUGGUGAGAGAUGUCGAUGACAAAAUUCUAUAUGAGAAUGACAUGAGACUAAAAAACAAAGUGCGUGUCUUGUCUGAUUUCCAAGUUGGAACAAACCAGAUACCAUGUACAGUCGACAGUGCAAAGGGUCAUCGUAUAUGCUCCGCUGGUGAUCUACUCGUAAUGUGUCGGUCCAUAUAUCAUUCAACGGGGCAUUUAGAGGCGGUUUUGGGAAGUAUUUCCUUGCUUUCUAGUCACCAAGGGACUGAUGGUUAUCUUGGCAAUAUAAGUCCAAUACAAAAGAUUUUCUUCGAGAACGAACGAAGUGAGCCUCCUACCUAUGCAUUCUUCUCCCUCACUUUCAGCUUCCAAUUGUUGGUAGUUGUCAAAGAUUAUUGGAUGUACACAGGUGAUUUCUCUAUUGUGGAGAGGAUAUGGGAUAAGCUGGAGAGUUCGUUAAAUUUCGCAAGGCUUUUUGAAGAUAAACGGGGAUUGAUUGUGGCACCACCAAGCAUGUCAAGGGACUUCAUGUCAUCCGAUAUACUAGUUGGUGCCUCAUCCAAAUUGAAUCUUGCAUACUACGAUGCUUUGAUUUCGAUGAGCAAGAUGUGUUGCAUGUUCGGAGUGGAAGAUCAGUACACUUCCCGUGCCAAUGCACUCAAGGAGCAGAUUUUGGAGAAUUUUUGGCAUCAAGAAACAGGGGUUUUGCGGCUAAGUGACCGUACUCCGCCCUCGACGAUAUCCCAUGAAGUUAACGCAUACGGGAGAAUCCUUGGUAUCGUACCUCAACGUGAAAGCUCGGACGAGUUACUGGGAAUUUCAAAAGGAGGUGAACUUCCGCGAGUAAUUCGGGAUUCAGAGGGUGGAAAAGGUGUGCAGGUUGUGAGCCCUUAUACUUGUGGAAUGGCAGUAGAAGCAUUGUUUCAGGCUGAAAAAGGACACGACGCGGUGAAAUUAGUAGAAAGAGUAUGGGGCCCUAUGGCAGAUCCAGAAAUGUCAGAGUAUUCAGGAGGGCAUUGGAAGGAGAUGAAGCCAAACGGACAGCCAACAUCAUCCAGGACGUCAAUGAUGCAAGCACGAUCUACCUGGCCCGUUUCUAUUCUCCCGAAAUACUUGGCGGGAGUUGAGCCAUUAAGUCCAGGUUGGUCUCGGUGGAAAGUACAUCCUGUACUUGCAGGGCUUUCAUUUGUCGAUUAUCGACUUUCAACCUCGAAGGGAGAAAUCUCCGUGGCCAUUCACAUACACGAAGCGAGUAGCACAGGAGAACUCACAGUUUAUGUGCCAAAAGGCACAGUUGCGGAAUUAUAUCCACCGGAAGGCUGGAUCUUCUUAGCAUCUAGGAGUGUAUGUGCGGAAUACCUGGAGAAGAAAGUUGUUAUAGGACAGGACGAAGAAGUCACUCUGAGGCUUUGUGUAUCGCCACAGGAUAGACAAGAUAGACAGUCGGCGUCAAUCAGGCACAAUGUAAGACAGCUGCCCUGGGAAGAUUAUGAACCUGAGACGCAAGAGGAACAACCGAAAACUCCAAGUUGUAUAAAACGACUUGGACGAAAAGUGUUCAGGUUACAUAGAGAAUAA